ACUUUAACAAGAGUGUAUAUGAGUGUCUCACUCCUCAAACACAAACUGGACUUCUUCAAGUGGGGAUCACAAGUCAGAUAUGAAGAUGUUUUGUAGUCAACUGUUUGUUUUGAUUUGUUUGUAUGCUACAGUACAACCGUCCAGUCAAACAGACUCCAGCUCUUUUCUCAUCUACAAUGAGGAUCACAACAGAUGUGUGAAAGUCAUUAAUGACAGUGUUAUACAGACGGCAACGUGUGAUGUAUCUUCUGACGCUCAGCGUUUCCGAUGGGUUUCUUCUUCAAGAAUUAUCAGCGUCUCUCUUAAACUCUGUUUGGGAGCUCAAAACGUUAAAGACUCUGCGAAAGUGAUCCUUCUGACCUGUAAAGAGCUCAGUCCUCUACAGACCUGGGAAUGUAAGAAUGAGACCUUGUUUGGCUUAAAGGGACAACCGUUACAUCUGAACUACGGUAAUCAAGAUAAGACAAGUGUGAUGCUGUUUAAGGGAAAUGGAUCUUGGAGUCGCUGGCAGAUUUAUGGGACUACAGACAAUCUGUGUUCUCAUGGAUAUCAAGAGAUUUAUACUCUGGAUGGGAAUUCAUUUGGAAAGCCAUGUCAGUUUCCCUUUAAGUUUAAUGACAAGUGGUACGCUGAGUGCAUCAUGGAGGAAAGAUCAGACGGCAAACUGUGGUGUUCAACUGAGACAGAUUAUGAUUCGGACAAGAAGUGGGGCCUCUGUCCAACCAAAGGCGUCACUGGAUGGGACAGUGAUCCAGUAACUGGUGUAUUAUAUCAGAGAAACACACAAUCAGCACUGACCUGGUAUCAAGCUCGAGCCAGCUGCCAACAACAAGAUGCAGAUCUUCUCAGUAUAUCAGAACUACAUGAACAGUCUUAUAUAUCAGGCUUCACAGAUUUCUUGAGUUCAGCUUUAUGGAUCGGACUCAACAGUCUUGACUUUGAGAGUGGAUGGCAAUGGAGUAAUGGAAACCCAUUCAGAUAUCUCAACUGGGCUCCUGGUCAUCCCUCUCUGGAGCCAGGCCUUAACUGUGCUGCAUUAAACGCUGGUAAAGCAUCCAAGUGGGAAAAUUUGGCCUGCAGUAAGAAGUUAGGUUACAUUUGCCGCAAGGGAAAUUCAACAGAUAUCACACCGUCAACAGGUGAAGAUCAGCCUAACUUCUGUCCAGUGGGGUGGGUGCCGUACGCCGGUCACUGUUAUUAUCUGCAGCGCACCAAGAAGACGUGGAGUGAUGCUUUGGCUGAGUGUCACAGAGAAGGAUCAGAUCUGGCCAGCAUCCACAACAUAGAAGAACACAGUUUCAUCAUAUCUCAGACUGGAUACAUGUCGACUGAUGAGCUCUGGAUUGGUCUUAAUGAUCAAAGGAUUCAGAAUCUGUUUGAGUGGUCAGAUAGAUCACACGUCACCUUCACUAAAUGGUUUGUUGGAGAACCUUCACACAUCACAAAUCGAAUGGAGGAUUGUGUUCUUAUCACAGGACAGGAGGGAAAGUGGUCAGAUCAUCUGUGUGAAUCAGCUCAUGGUUUCAUCUGUAAGAAGAAAGCUUCCAUUAAACCUGAAGGAUCUCCAGAGGUCAUCAGUCCUGGAUGUCCAGCUGGUUGGUUUAGGUUUGGCUAUUACUGUUAUAGCAUUGCCAUGGAAACCAAAACUUUUGAUGAUGCCAAACUGACGUGUGAGCAGACCGCAGCUAACCUGGUUGAUGUUGGCAGCAGAAAUGAGAGCGCAUUUCUCAUCAGUCUGGUUGGUCUUCGACCUGAAAAAUAUUUCUGGAUUGGUUUGUCUAAUACUCAUCAGAAUGAGCGAUUCCAGUGGAUCAAUGGUGAUAAAGUCAAGUUUACACACUUUAAUGUAGGCAUGCCAGAUAAGCACCGAGGUUGUGUAGCAAUGUUAACAGGAACUUCAGCAGGAUUAUGGGAUGUAUUGGCUUGUAACACUAAACAGAAAUACAUCUGUAAGAAAAUGGCAGAAGGAGUCACUACAACCCGAGAGCCUCCGACCACACGACCUCUCAGCUGCCCGGCUAAUUGGAUUAAAAAAGAUCCAGGAAAUUGUAUUCGGGCCUACAGAAAGGCAAAGGAUGAGAAGAAGACUUGGUUUGAAGCGCGUGACUUCUGUCGAGCUGUUGGUGGUGAUUUAGCGAGCUUUCAUUCAGUAGAUGAAAUGGCUUUGGUAUGGUUUUGGCCUACAUACCCGACGUGGAUCGGCUUCAAUUCAUUGGACCGUAAUUCUGGUUUUGUGUGGUCAGAUCAAACUCCUUCGGAUUAUCGGAACUGGGCCUUUCGUGAACCAAGCAACGUCAACAAUAAUGAGAACUGUGUUGAAUAUGGCAGUAAAUAUAGACGCCAGUGGAAUGAUCGUGAUUGUGAUACUUAUUUAGACUGGAUCUGUCAGAUUCCAAUAGGCACACAUCCAAAAUCCCCACCAACAUCAGUCAUUCAAGAAUUUAACAAGACGUCUGAUGGCUGGAUUCAGUACAAUGGCAGUCAGUAUUUCAUGAAUAAUGAACCGCACACUAUGGAAGAAGCUCGUGCCUUCUGUAAGAAGAAUCAUGCUGAUCUUGCUGUCAUUAAUGGUCAGACUGAGAGGAGGUUUUUAUUUAAACAGAUGUCUAGAAGUGAAAUAUCACAAACUCAGUACUACAUUGGGAUGACUGUAGAGUUGGACAAAUCAUUUAGUUGGGUGGACGGUUCACCUGUUGUAUACACUGCAUGGUCAAAAAAUGAACCAAGUUUCUCCAACAAUGAUGAGAACUGUGUGAUCGUUUUGAAAAGCACAGGAUUCUGGAAUGAUGUUAAUUGUGGUCAUUCGUUAGCCUCGAUCUGUAAAAGAAGUGCAAAUUUUGUCAACACCACCAUGUCUCCAACCACUGUAUCAGCGGGCGGCUGCGCUCCUGAAUGGACUCUGUUCAGAGGAAAAUGUUACAAGCUUUUCAAUAAUAAAAUGUCAUGGCGACAAUCACGAGAUCACUGCAUUUCAAAUGGCGGCAAUCUGGUGUCCGUUCGGAGUCACACAGAGCAAUUUUUUCUCACAACUUUAAUGCUUAGUGCUGUUGAUGACGUGUGGAUCGGUUUAAAUGAGAUUGUCUCAGAGAAAAACUUUAUGUGGACCGACAAUCGAGCUGUCAGAUACACAAACUGGCUUAAAGGUGAACCUUCAGAGUUAGAUGGAAUGGAGGAUUACGAAGAGAUUAUAGACAUAUAUGCUUCUGGACCUUGGCGCCGUAUAACUAACCACUAUCCAAUUGACUAUACGACCUAUGACUGUGUUGUGAUGGUAAAACACCCAGAGAGGUCCACUGGUAAGUGGAAAGUUGAAGACUGUGGAGAUGAGAGAGGUUUCAUCUGCAAGAGGAACACAGACUCUCAGCUGUCCGCUCCCGUGACCACAGCAGUACCACAGAAAUACUUCAGUCUGGGCAAUGAUUCAUAUAAGGUCCAGCUGGAGAAGAUGAGCUGGGAUGAAGCGAGAAGACAGUGUAAAGCUGAUGAUGCUGAUCUUGCGAGUGUACUGAACUCCAUCAGUCAGGCGUACACCAGCCUACAAGUCGACAAACUCAAAGAACCUUUGUGGAUCGGACUCAACAGUAACCUGACACUUGGACGCUAUCGCUGGGUGGAUAACUGGUUUCUGAGCUACAGUAAAUGGGCUACAGGAGAACCCAAAAACAAUUUAGCUUGUGUUUAUAUUGACACGGAUGGAGACUGGAAAACUGCAGCGUGUAACAACACAUAUUAUUCCCUCUGUAAACGAUCAGCAGUUUUUGCCCCUACAGAUCCUCCUCAGCUGCCGGGUAACUGCCCCGAAUCCAAUCAGAGGAAAAGUUGGAUACCAUUUAGAGGACACUGCUAUACGUUCAUGACCUCCACCAGAGAAAACUGGGCUCAUGCCACAGUAGAAUGUAUGAGAAUGGGUGCAUCUUUAGUGAGUAUUGAGGAUCCAAUAGAAUCAAAGUUUAUCCAAAAAAACAUGGAGAUCGUGCAGGAUGAAGUCAAGUCAGUCUGGAUUGGACUUCACCCCAGUAAUAAGGGUGUUUGGAUGUGGAUUGAUAAUACGGUUGUGGAUUACACAAACUGGAAACCGGAGAUGCCAGAUGAUGUUAAAAAAUGUGUUGAAGUUCAGUCAGACACUGGGAUGUGGAGCACCAGCAGCUGUAAUGAUCGCAGAGGUUAUAUCUGCAAGACUGCUAAAGUUAUACCACCAGCAGAGAAGCCAUCAGUCUCAGUUACACCUACAACAGCGAAGUCACCAGUCCCAGAUCUUCAGGUAUCGGCUGGCAUCGCUGUAGGGGUCGUGUUGGUCAUAAUCGCUGUCGCAGGUCUUGCCGGGUUUCUGUUCUUUAAGAGAAAUCCCAGGACUCUGACUGGAUGGUUUGACAGCAGAUUAUAUAUUAACAUCCCCCAGCCUCUAACAGUUUUUGAUAGUAAAGAACCUGCUGCCAACACUGAACAGAAUCAAGAUGAAUAACACAUAAACACACACACAGCUUUUUGUUUUAAUGUAAUGCGUAACUUCCACAAUAAUUAUGUUCAGGGGUCUCAUGCAUCAAAAUGUUUUACAGGGGGAGCAGCUUAAAAUAUUUAAACUGUUAAGACUGUAAUUGGUUGUGACUUGUAAAAAUCAAUACCCUUGAGUGUCAAUGAUGUCACACUUAGCUGAUAAAUGAAUGUUUGUAAAUGCAGAUGUAAAUGGAAUUUUGCCUGAUUGACAGUCACAUGAAGCAGUCAUACAACAUCAGAAGAUUUAUUGGUGAUUUUUAUUUUCUAACUUUAGAAAAUAACCAGAUGAGGCUGUAUAGGACUGCCUAAUUAUUAAUUAACUAAUCAAUUACAGAAUAAAAGUUUUUGUAUACAUCA